AUGUUUUCCAAACUGGAUGCUCGUCACAUCCAGAACAUGAGUGCGGCCACGGCGAUCGAGCCUCACUGGGGAUAUGCCGAUCGCGCCGUCCCGUGUACCAAUGAUGCCGGCUCAUGUGCGUAUUUGGACGAUGUCUACGCAUCGCACGAUCGGGGAAUGCUCUACUCGGGCAUCAUGUGGUGUGCGAUCGGUGCCAUUUUGCUGCUGUGGGCUGUGCUCAACCAAUUCCACGCGCCCACGAUGUCCCCCACACUGGCCCCCGCAGAAUCAGCAGGUCUGGCUAGAGCUCGUCGUGCCGUGGUAUCACUCACCCGGAAGUAUCUCCUACCGGAUGCAGCUCGUCUGAUCUUCGGUCGCACGACUCGCCUGCAAGUCUUCACCCUCGCUGUACUGAUGGGAUACCUCCUGGUCUUCAGCUUCGUCGGUAUCGUCUACCAUACCUGGGUGACCCCCGUUUCCGACAUGCCCGGGGUGUAUAACACGCGCGACAGCAUUGGUCCCUGGUCGGACCGCGUUGGGACCUUGGCCUACGCCCUCACACCGCUCUCCGUGUUGCUGAGCAGCCGGGAGUCCUUUCUCUCCGUCAUCACCGGUUUGCCAUACCAGAGUUUCAACUUUCUUCACCGCUGGCUCGGUUAUAUUAUCUUCGUGCAGAGCUCCCUGCACACCAUUGGAUGGUGCGUGGUGGAGCUGCGACUAUACCAGCCACAACCAACUGUUGGAAUCGAGUGGGUGACGCAGACCUACAUCGUCUGGGGGAUCGUCGCGAUGAUUCUCCUACUGCUUCUGUUCGGAUUGAGCACUCCGUGGGGCAUUCGCCUCACAGGCUACGAGACCUUCCGUAAACUACACUACGUCCUCGCGAUGGUCUACAUUGGCGCCUGUUGGGCACAUUGGAAAGCUCUCAAGUGCUUCAUGUGGCCUUCCUUGAUUUUUUGGUUUCUUGAUCGCGGCGCGCGGCUGGUCCGCACCGCACUUUUGCACCACCACCCAGACCACGCCGGUGGUGGUCUCAGCUUCAAACCGGCUGAGGCGACUAUCACUCGCUUCCCAGAUGCCGAUCAUGGCGAUGUCCUUCGCCUCGAGUUGGAGAACAACCAGGACCCUUGGGCGAUUGGUCAACAUUAUUACCUUUGCUUCACCAAAUCCAGCGUUUGGCAGUCACAUCCAUUCACGCCGCUCAACCUGCCAAUCGUUUCAAAUGGCACCGUGAGACAUUCCUACCUACUGCGGGCUAAGGGCGGUGAAACCAAAAAGGUUGCUGCCCUUGCCGCCGACUCCAAAUCCACCCCAAUCAUCAUGACCGGCGCAUACGGCGAGUCAAUCACAACCCAUCUCACCCCCUCCACCAACAUUUUGUGCAUCGCUGGUGGAACCGGAAUAACCUAUGUUCUGCCUGUUCUUCUUGGGCUCGCUCAUCAGCAACCUUCUCCCGAUCGCAAGGUCGAGCUGAUCUGGGCGAUCCGCCAUACCGCCAACACGGAGUGGAUCGAAGCGGAGCUUGACCUCCUCCAGAAGGCGCGCAACAGACUCAACCUGGAGGUCCGAAUUUUCGCUACUCGAGAUGCAACAAGCAAUGCCCCCUCGGAGGUCUCCCUUGAGAACUGCAAUUUGACGGUCCCCAAGAUCGAAGAGAAAGUGCAGGUUGCAUCUGGAGCUUCGUGCUGUGGCUGUGACAAGCCCACCUCAGUCGAGCGGCUCGGAGGGUCGGAGGAUAUCUCGCGGCAUCCGGAUCUGCCCCAACUAGUUGGUUCAUUCUUAUCAGAGACUGUCCGCGGACCGACAAGUGUCUUCGCCAGUGGACCUGGGGGGAUGAUCAGCGAUCUUAGAUCUAUCGUCGCAUCUUGUAAUGACGGCACUAAAGUGUGGAAAGGACAAGACAUAUUCGACGUAAGACUAGUUUGUGAUGAUCGAUUAGAGUGGUGA